AUGCGCUACGACAAUCACGUCACGUUAGCUUCCGCCGGCGCCGGCGAUGCAUCUGCAGCAUCAGAGCCGAUGGAGAUGGAGGAUUGCUCUCACCACCGUCAACUACUUCUAGCAAGAGCCGCAGCAGCAGCCGCCGUUCCAGCGAGCACUACCACCGCGACCACUGACAGUGCUUCCGCCGACGGCGCCACCGGCAGUGCCGGCAUUGCCGCCCGCAUGCUGCCGUUCGCAACGGCGCCGCUGGAAUCAGUAUACGCGGUCGCGCGGGAGGAGCUCGGCCGGGGGGAGUUCGGCGUCGUCCGGACGUGCAUGCAGCGCGCGACGGGGCAGCUUCUAGCGUGCAAGUCCGUCGACAAGGCGCGGCUACGCGAGGGCGAGCGCGCGGGCGACUUGGAAAUGGAGCUCCUCUGCAUGGGCGCACUUCCGCCGCAUCCGCACGUGGUGCAGCUCGCGAGCGUGCACGAGGACGCGCGCGACGUGCACCUCGUCAUGGUUGCUAUUACCCGUGGCCCUAUGGCUCCUCCGAGUGGUCUUUUUCACUUUAAUGCUAUUGAGGAGGAGUCGGCAGGACCACAGAUGUCAGCAGCAGCACCAACGCACAGAAAGUACAGUACACCAUCUCUUGCGUACGGGCUCGUUAUCCGACUCUUGAUCUCUUCAUGA